AGCUAGAAAAGUAUGUCCAAAUAUUUUUUUUUCAUUGUUUGUAAAAGUAGACAUGGAUUGACUAAAACAUUUUUUGUGGAUAAUAAAGGGGGGAUUAUCUAAGUAUAAAAUAUUCUUUUUUAAACACCCCUUCCCUUUUUGGACACAGUUUAUGGGAGAGAGAAUUGUUUUGAUAUUUUAUGCUUUUUUGUGUGUUCGAUUAUAAUAAUAGCCUCCAGCUGAGCAUUGUUUUGUACUUAUUUUUAGUGUAUUUUUUUGAGACAAUUUCUUUAAAAAAUUUUUAUUUUUUGAGUGAUUGGCAGUUUAAAAAAUUCUUAAAAUUUUAAAGCAAUGUCAGAAAAUUUUUUCAAAAAAAUUUUACUUCAAAUAAUAAUAAUUUUUAUUAUUGCCCCUAUAUCUCGGGAGCAAAAUUCUUUCUCAUUUCUUGUCAAAAGAAUUUGUCCUGGUGGAUUUCCUAUGGAUACUCACAAUUUUUGUCCAUUCUGGGCUGCAAUUGGUGAAUGUCCAAAAAACUCAAAAUAUAUGCAUAGACAAUGUGUUGCUUCUUGUAAUGUUUGUCCACAAAAAGUGCCUACUCCUCCACCUCCUCCUCCACCACCAAACCAACAACCGCCACCAACUUCAUUUUCAAAAUUGCCGCCUUUCUUUUCUGCACAAAUAGCAAAGUGUUUUAUGAAUAUUCAAACUAGCGAAACCCCAACUCGAAAUAUCCCAACAAGAGAACAAUUUGAAAAUCGAGGAUUUAGUAUUGGCUGUCUUGGAAGAAAUCAAGAAAAUUCGUGUUCUUCAAAUGUUUGUUAUCAUUUACGUUAUCGAACAUUUGAUGGUUCUUGUAAUAAUUUGGUGGAAGGGAGGUCGCUUCGAGGGGCUGCUUUUAUGCCCUUUGGAAGGCUACGGCCAGCUAAUUAUGAGGAUGGGGUUGCGAGGAUGGUUGGCACAAGCAAGCCGGUGCCAAAUCCUCGUACUGUAACCCAUUUAUUGCUUAGUAGCUCUUUUGUUGUGUUGACAACUUUUAAUGGACUUUUGAUGCAAUUUGGGCAAUUUUUAAGUCACGACAUAACAAGAAAUACAGUCACAAAUUUUUGUCGUUGCGAAACGGUCCAUGAAGAAUGUGCAAAUAUGCCCGUUCCUUUACAUGAUACACGCUUUAAAAAACAGCAACCAAAUUUUUGCAUUCCAAUGACUCGCUCUUCAGUUUUGUGUGGUACAGGUUCAGGCAGACAAGGACCUGGAAGAAUUCCUAGAACACCUAUAAAUGAAAAUGGAGCCAAUCCAAAUCAAGCCCAGGAAAUGCGUGUUGGUGCUCUACUUCGAACUUUACCACUUCCAAAUCCCCCAUUUUCUGCAGUGCCUCCACCUGCUCAAACAGAAAGUUCUAAUUUGGUGACGGGAGAUAAUCGUGGUAACCUUUUUGUUGGUUUGAUGGGAUUACAUACAAUAUUUGUUCGUUUACAUAAUAGAAUUGCCACAACACUUAUACAAUUAAAUCCUCAUUGGAAUCAAGAUAGAGUAUAUCAAGAAACACGUAAAAUUGUUGGCGCUAUUCUUCAAGCAAUUUGUUAUCAAGAAUUUCUGCCCUCGUUGUUAGGCGAUCGUUUAAAAAAACAUAUCCCUCCAUAUUCUGGCUAUAAUGACAAAGAAGAGCCAGCAAUUGCUGUAGAAUUUACUUCUGGUGCCUAUAGACUACAUGGAUUAAUUCGAGAAUUUUAUCAAUUGGCAGACUCCAAUUUUCGUAAAAUUGGGGAUGUUCGUUUUGUAAGUAAUGCUGGAAGUGUUGAUUUAAUUGUGAGAACUGGGACUGAUCAAUUAAUUAGAGGUAUGAUGGCUGUUCCGACAAAAAAGCCACAACGUUUGGCGCCUGCAGUUACUGAGGAAUUAUUUGAUGUGUCAGAUAUGGGCUCUAUAAAUAUUCAAAGAGGUCGAGACCAAGGCGUUCGGCCUUACAAUGAUUACAGAGACAUUUGUGGCCUUAAACGUCUGACUUCCUUUCAGGACUGGCCAGAAGUCUUGGAACCCGAAGUUAAGAAUAGGGUAGCCGCUUUGUAUGCAAGUGUAGAUGACGUUGAUCUUUAUGUUGGUGGAUUACUAGAGGCACCCGUAGGCAGUUCUUUAGUGGGACCAACCUUUACAUGUAUAAUUGCUGAUCAAUUUAGACGUAUACGUGAUGCGGACAGAUUUUUCUUUCAAAACCCUGGUGUAUUUACUCAAGCACAAGUAAAGUCUAUUCAACAAACAACACUUUCAUUUUGCAUUUGUGCAACUGGAGAAGAUUUUAAAAGGAUUAAUCCAAAUGCUUUUCUUGUUGAAAAUGGGUCAACAACUGUGCCUUGCUCUUCAAUUCCACAGUUGGAUUUGACUCCAUGGAGAGAAAUACCACAAGGAUAA